AUGUACAAGCUUUAUAACCGCAUUCCUACUCCAGAUGAAGAAUAUGCUUCUAAAUUUAUAUUUAAUAGGGAUGAAACAAUAACUAUUGACGUUGAUUCAAUUGUGACGACGCUUUUAAAUGGCAUUCCCGAAGGGCAAAUGCAUAUUAAUAUAGAGGAAACUGCGGUCAUGGCUGUUGCCUUAUCUGCAAGGAAAAUUUUUGAAGAGGAAUCUAUUGUUCUUGAUUUAAAACCUCCACUGACUGUAUGUGGUGACAUUCAUGGACAGUUUUAUGACCUGCUAAGGAUAUUUAAGUUAGGUGGCCAGCCACCGGAAACAAGGUAUCUAUUUCUCGGUGACUAUGUUGAUCGAGGAAUCUGGUCUCUAGAAGUUUUGAUGCUUUUGUUGUGUUACAAACUUAAAUAUCCUAGCGAUGUUUUUCUUUUAAGAGGCAAUCACGAAUCCUCUGUUUUAAAUAGAAUAUAUGGCUUUAGACGAGAAGUUCGCAGUCGUUUUGGGAGCAGCAGAUGCUGGCGUUCCAUGGUUAAUCUAUUUGGAUAUUUACCUAUAGCUGCAAUUAUCGAAAGACGAAUUUUUUGUUGCCAUGGCGGCAUUUCUCCUGAAUUAUUAUCAAGCAGUUCAUCUAAUAUUAUUGAUGUUCUCGGAAGAAUCAAAAGACCAACUGAAAUUCCAAGAUACGGCGUUUUGUGUGAUUUACUUUGGUCGGAUCCAUUAGACAUUAUGCCGGAUGGGGAACAGCCGAAAGGUUGGCUUCCCAAUGAUCGAGGGUGUUCUUGGGCAUUCGGAAUAGAUGUGGUCGAUAAAUUUUUAGAGAAGUAUAAUUUAGACCUCAUUGUUAGAGCACAUCAAGUGGUUGAAGAUGGAUAUGAAUUUGUAUUCAACAGAAGACUUGUAACAAUCUUUUCGGCGCCUAAUUACCUUGGAACUUUUGGAAAUGCUGGAGGAAUCUUUCGAGUGAAAUACGCAGAUGAACAGUCUGAAUCUGAGCAAGAAUGUCAACUCUGUGGAAGCUUUCAAAUUCUUUUACCAGAAUUUGGUGUGAAUCAAUGGCAAGAAAGAUCUAAAACAUAA